AUGGCUACUUCUACGGAGCGCAAGUACGAGUUCUUCGUGACGACAGACGAGCCACAUCAGCCAGCCGGCAUGGAACGAAGCACGAUCCGCCGGUUAGUGAUGCGGAACUACUUCGAUACGAAGAUGGCUGGGCCACAGUUCAACGUGCCUGAACAUAGUUCGACGAGCACAGUCGUGGCGGAAAAGCAGCUGAAGAGUCGUUUCCGGUUAUCUGAACCGGGAAACGAGAAGAAGAAGACUUUGAGCAGGCAAAGAGAAUACCUAUACAAUACCAAUAAACGAGGAAAGAAAAGACCACAGGUUCUGAGAACAAGAUCUGGUCCUACACCGCUGCCCUCAAAAAUCGGUGCCGAAGACAGCGGCAUAGAUAAUUCCAAUGAGACGAAACACAGUACCAGUAGAAGAAACACAAGUGAGCCAGCACUCGAAAGACCAGUGCUAAAGGCCGACCUCAAUAUCUAUCAUAUGGAUCCUUUUGGCGCUCUGCCGAUGCCAGACACGCCACAGCUAAAUGCGCUCUUCCGAUUAUACAAAGAUUCACCCAAGAACAACUCGAUCGGCCCUGAUGCUACGCACACAUGGAAGUCCUUUAUCUUGAAUGACGCUGGCUUGCUACAUGCUACUCUGGCAAGCUGGGCGCUAUACGGCAUGCUUGUGAAUGAGUCUCAUGAUCUGCGGGUGUGCGAACUCGAGCACAAAAACGAAGCAGUCCGAACCGUGACCUAUAAACUUGCGAUGUGUCGGGGAAGCGUAUCUGACGAUAUUGUUGGCACGGUCCUGACACUGGCGAAUCUCGAGAAUCUGACUGGAGCUUACGAUGUAGCUCAACUUCACCUCACCGCGUUGAGAGUUAUGGUUGAAGAGCGAGGCGGGAUACUUGCUUUUGGAAAGCAUGAUGGCUUGACGCGAGGUAUAUUAUGGGUAGAUUUUCAUGCGGCAGCAGCUUCCCGUACAACCCCAUUCUUUCCGCAUGUGUGGCUGGGACCAGAUGCACCUCUUCCAGACAAGCUGCAUGACGAGGCAACAUACACAUCACCAACCUCUCUGCUUCAAUUAUCUUGUGCUGCUAUCGAUUGCUUCGAUAUCUUCUAUCGACUACACCGACUCGCGCUUGCAACAUCGUCGCACUGGACAGGUCGUGUUGCACGCGUGGCUCUAAGCAAUCUUCUCUACACUACUCAGUUCAUUCUCCUUUCAGUACCCGAUCGCUCGCAGGACUUUCUCAAAUUCGACCAGAGCAUCCGGGACAACAACAGUGAAUGUAACGAGUCCCAAAAACAUAGAGCAGAUGCAGCGAGUGUAGUUGAAGCCCUACUCGCAGCAGCUCUCAUCUUCAUUUAUGCGGUACUGCGAGCGCUACCACUGAACACUAAGAUAUUCGCUAUCCUUCUGCGGCGACUGCGCACCGCUAUAGAUCGACCAAAUACAUCAGUGCUAGAAACAUGGAAACGCGAGAAAAAUCUCAACAUGUUGCUUUGGGCCCUGGUCAUGGCAUGUUCUAUUGCAACAGAUGCAGAGCGAACGUGGUGGACCACACAACUCUCGGGGGUGUGUAAGGAAAUGAAUAUCGGUAGUAGAGAGCACCUCGAGCACGAGAUGCGGCGCGUGGCAUGGACGGACUCAUUUUUCGAUGAUAGGAUUGAUGGCAUUUGGGCAGAGCGCUACGAGCAGUACAUUCAGUCGUCGGAAUGGACUUUUGUGUGGAUUGCCAGCAUCACCACCUUCCAGUCGCUGUUCUGGCUCAUGACGCACUGGAACGUUAACCUCAAGAGCGCAUUCACCACCACCUCGGCCGGCGACGUGCGUUCUGCAUCGCUUAUCAAAGUCCAGCCGAUCAAGAAUGCCGGCGCCGCUGAGAUUGUGCCAUUGGUGCGCGACAACGUUGGUGGAAAGCCGAACCUCUCGUUCCUCUUCCAGAAGCGACGUUUCCUCUACGAUGCCGACAAGGGUUCCUUCGCCCCGCUCUCCUAUCCCCUCGAUGUCGAACCCAAGCCCCAGCUCAAGACGUUCCAGCAGACCCAAGGUCUCACCUCGCCCGCUGAGAUUGAGCGCAUCGCACAACAUUAUGGCACAAACGAAUUCGAUAUCCCCGUCCCGACCUUCACCGAGCUGUUCAAGGAACACGCCGUUGCGCCCUUCUUCGUCUUCCAGAUCUUCUGCGUCGGACUGUGGAUGUUGGAUGAAUACUGGUACUACUCGCUGUUCACCCUGUUCAUGCUGGUCGCUUUCGAGAGCACCGUUGUGUGGCAGAGACAAAGGACCCUGACCGAGUUCCGCGGCAUGAGCAUCAAGCCAUACGAGAUCUAUGUAUACAGGCAAAAGAAGUGGCAGGAGGUUAUGAGCGACAAGCUGCUACCCGGCGAUGUCGUCAGCGCAGGCAGGACCAAGGAAGAUUCGGGUGUAGCAUGCGACAUGCUCCUACUCGAGGGUUCCGCCAUCGUUAACGAGGCUAUGCUUUCGGGAGAGAGCACACCGGUGCUCAAGGAAUCCGUACAAUUGCGACCUGGCGAUGCGCGCAUCGAGCCUGAGGGUCUGGACAAGAACUCGUUCCUCUGGGGUGGCACCAAGGUCCUCCAGGUUUCGCACGGCAACGAUGCUGAGGAAGAUGGCAGCGGCGUCAACAGACUUUCGUCUGGAGUCCCACCGCCACCGGACAAGGGUGCUGUUGCUGUUGUCAUCAAGACUGGUUUCGAGACCAACCAGGGCAGCCUCGUCAGAACCAUGAUCUUCGCUACCGAGCGCGUCUCCGCAAACAACGUAGAAGCUCUCUUCUUCAUCCUCUUCCUUACCGUCUUUGCCGUCGCCGCCUCGUGGUACGUCUGGAAGGAGGGUGUCAAGCUCGACCGCCAGCGUAACAAGCUGCUCCUCGACUGCGUCCUCAUCGUUACCAGCGUCGUCCCUCCCGAGCUCCCCAUGGAACUUAGCUUGGCUGUCAACACCUCCCUUGCCGCGCUUAGCAAAUACGCCAUCUUCUGUACUGAGCCGUUCCGAAUUCCUUUCGCUGGACAGGUCGACGUCGCCUGCUUUGAUAAGACUGGUACAUUGACUGGUGAAGACUUGGUCGUCGACGGUAUUGCUGGACUAUCACUGGGUCAAGACAAUGCUACGGUUGCUGCAGACGGUGCGCAUACUGAUCUCACAAAGGUCACGGAUGUUGGAACUGAGACAACACUGGUGCUUGCCGCCGCUCACUCUCUGGUCAAACUAGACGAUGGCGAGACUGUUGGAGAGCCUAUGGAGAAAGCUACUCUACAGUCCCUCGGCUGGAAACUCGGAGCCAAAGACACGAUCCAAGCUACCAUGACUACUGCCAAUUCUCAGGCCGAACUCGUACACAUCCGUCGCCGCUUCCAAUUCUCGUCUGCUCUUAAACGCCAGAGCUCUGUCGCAACUGUCCUGGUUAAUAACAACAAGACCGGUCGCAAGGUCAGGAGCACAAUCGCUGCGGUCAAGGGUGCGCCCGAGACUAUUCGCAAGAUGUUGGUCAACACCCCACCGAACUACGAGGAGACAUUCAAACACUUUACCCGCAAUGGUGGCCGUGUCCUCGCUCUCGCGUACAAGUUUCUAUCUGAAGAAGGAGAGUGGGGCCAGAACCGCAUCAACGACCUCAAGCGUGAACAAGUCGAGUCUGACUUGCACUUUGCCGGUUUCCUCGUCCUCCAGUGCCCCUUGAAGCCUGACGCUGUCGAGGCUGUACGUUCCCUCAACGAGUCUAGUCAUCGUGUUGUCAUGAUCACUGGUGACAACCCGCUGACUGCUGUCCAUGUCGCUAAGCAAGUCGAGAUCGUCGACCGCGAUUGUUACAUUCUUGACGCGCCUGAGAACGACGAAACUGGCGAGAAACUCGUUUGGCGCAGCGUUGACGACAAGAUUAGCAUUCCUGUUGACCCCUCCCAGCCUCUGGACGCCGAGAUCUUGAAGACCAAGGAUAUCUGUCUUACUGGGUACGCACUUUCGAAGUUCUCUGGUCAACCUGGAUGGAAGCAGAUUCUGCGAUACACUUGGGUCUACGCUCGUGUCUCACCGAAGCAGAAGGAGGAAAUUCUUCUUGGCCUUAAGGACUGCGGUUACACUACACUAAUGGCUGGUGAUGGUACCAACGAUGUCGGUGCGCUGAAGCAAGCUCACAUCGGUGUCGCCCUACUCAACGGUACCCGUGAGGACCUCGACAAGAUUGGCGAGCACUUCCGCAACACUCAGAUGAAGAAUGUCUACGAGAAGCAGUGUAACUUGAUGCAACGCUUCAACCAGCCUCAGCCACCUGUUCCGAUCAUGAUCGCGCAUCUAUACCCCCCUGGCCCAACCAACCCUCACUACGAAAAGGCAAUGGAGAAUCAGGCAAAGAAGAAGGGUCUUCUCCCAGGUGCCAAUGGUGUCGCUAACGGAUCAGCAUCUACUGGUACCCUUGUUCAACAACAGCCCGGUCAAGUCCAGCCGCCUCAGGCCGUCGGCAACCUUGCUCAGCAGAUGCAGGAGAAGAUGAUGAUGCAAGAGAUGGAAGAGAUGGCUGGUGAACCACCGACGAUCAAACUCGGUGAUGCUUCUGUCGCUGCGCCCUUCACCUCUAAGCUUGCGAACGUCGUUGCGAUUCCCAACAUCAUCCGUCAAGGUCGCUGCACACUCGUCGCUACAAUCCAGAUGUACAAGAUUCUCGCUUUGAACUGCUUGAUCUCUGCUUACAGUUUGUCUGUUCUCUACCUGGAUGGUAUCAAGUUCGGCGAUGGUCAAGUCACCAUUUCCGGUAUGAUGAUGAGCGUAUGCUUCCUUUCCAUUUCGCGCGCAAAGACCGUUGAGACUCUGUCAAAAGAACGUCCUCAGUCCAACAUUUUCAACACGUACAUCAUCGGUUCCGUACUUGGACAGUUUGCUAUCCAUAUCAUCACCCUCAUCUAUGUCAGCCAAUACGUCCAGCGUGUUGAGCCCAAGGACCCCAACCCGGAUCUCGAGAAGGACUUCGAGCCAUCCCUGCUCAACUCUGCGAUCUACCUCCUACAACUCAUUCAACAAAUCUCGACCUUUGCCAUUAACUACCAAGGCCGACCCUUCCGUGAGUCCAUCCGCGAGAACAAGGGCAUGUACUGGGGACUCGUUUCCGUCUCCGGUGUUGCCUUCUCCUGUGCCACCGAGUUCAUUCCCGAACUCAACGAGAAGCUCAAGCUUGUCCCCUUCACCACCGAAUUCAAGGUCAUGAUUACCAGCAUCAUGGCUUUCGAUUUUGUCGCUUGUUACAUCAUUGAGAAGGGUCUGAAGUUCUUCUUCUCGGACAACAAGCCAAAGGAUAUUGCAGUCAGGAGACCGGAUCAGCUGCAGCAAGAGGAGAAGAGGAAGGCAAGGGCGGAGAUUGAGGCGCAGAGGAAGAAGAACGAGGAGGCGGAGAUGAAGGCUGCUGCUGCUGGGUUGGUUAAGCGGUAG